UCCUUCCUUCCUUCCUUCCUUCCUUCCUUCCUUCCUUCCUUCCUUCCUUCCUUCCUUCCUUCCUUCCUUCUCUGCCAGCUUCUGAUCCUACUUUUUAAAUUGCAAUUGAUUAUGUUUGUGUUCAUGCAGUAGUUAAUGUUGUUGUUAAGGGCAUAGAAGGGCAUUGCUAUUCCUGGUUGGUUGGCAAUCUUGAGAACUGGGAAGCCCUGGCCCUUGAAUGUUCCAGCUGGAAGUCAGCUGUGACCAGCAGUGUUGUAGAAUUUGAAGAGGCACAAAUGGUGAAAGAGAGAAACAUGCCAAGAGGAAGGCGCAUCAAGCCAACCCCAACCGGGACCGCCUUCUACCUGGAAACCAAUGUCCUCAUUUUGGGAGAAGAUGCAGAUCAAGAAUAGGGCUCCACAGCCACCUACGUACCCACCGCGAGUACACCAAUCUUGGAAGACAAUCCUACUCGGACAACGAGGGAUCACCUAAGUAAGCAAGAAAGUUCAGGUUUUCCUCCUCACAAAGUCUGAAGAAGAAUGGACUGAAAUUCAAUAUUUUGGCUAUUUCCACCAACACACAUUGCUCUAAGUAGAAGAUAAUGAUAUCUUUCUUUUGGAAUCAGUAAUACUUUAUCAACUAAUUUCUUUGGACAUCUUUAACUUUGGGGUUGAUUGGAGAACCAGGGAAAGACUUCUUGGACAACUCAGGUCACCUGAAUACUCCUCCUACACCCCAGAAUUGCGAUAAACAUGGCAAAACCUAAGAAGAAAGAAGAAGCUGUCUUUCUGAGGAAGAAAAUCACUCUCUUGAGAGCUUUCUCACUUCUCAUUGGCAGCAUGAUAGGGAGUGGCAUAUUCAUCUCUCCCAAAGGCGUUUUGAAAAAUACUGGCAACGUGGGCCUCUCCUUGAUCGUCUGGUUUGCUUGUGGGAUUCUCUCUAUGUUUGGUGCUUUGAGUUAUGCAGAACUUGGCACACGAAUCACCAAGUCUGGAGGCCAUUACAUCUAUAUCUUGGAGACCCUGGGCCCUCUGCCAGGUUUUCUGUUUCUAUGGGCUGAGUACUUUGCUAUAAGGCCAGCCAAUAGUGCAGUGGUUUCCUUGGCAUUUGGACGUUACAUCUUGGAGCCAUUUUUUGCCCCCUGCCCAGCUCCACUGCUGGCUGUGAAACUUGUUGCUCUUCUCGGCUACUAUAUUGUCCUAAUUCUGAACUCCUGGAGUGUCAGCUGGAGUGCCAGGAUUCAGACUAUUUUGUCCAUCAUUAAGUUGGCAGCUCUUGCUCUCAUCAUUGUGCCAGGCAUGAUGCUUCUAGCCCAAGGUCACACAGAAAAUUUCCAGGAUGCUUUCAACACUCAGAUGCUGGUUCUGGACAAACUACCACUGGCUUUUUAUGCAGGAAUGUUUGCCUAUUCAGGAUGGUUUCAGACAUGUUUUGUGAGAGAAGAACUAGUGAAGCCAGAACGAAAUCUUCCUCUGGCUGUGAUUGUUUCUGUGAUCACUGUGAUUGUGGGAUAUAUGCUUACCAAUGUUUCCUAUUACACUGUACUGACAGCAGCAGAUGUUUUGGCCUCCCAGGCGGUAGCUGUGAGUUUUGCACGCCAAGCCUUCCAGAGCCUUAUAUCUGUGAUUCCUAUCCUGGUUUCCUUGUCGUGUUUUGGAACCAUGAAUGGAGGAAUUUUUACAUUUUCAAGGACAUUGUUUGUAGCUUCAAGGGAAGGUCAGUGGCCUUCCCUCUUCUCCAUGAUCCACAUUCAAAGGCAUACACCCCUGCCAGCUGUUAUGCUGAUGUUCCCUUUGGUCACGGUUAUGAUUUGUGUGGGAGAUCUUUACCACCUACUGAACUUCUUCAGCUUCUCCCGAUGGCUUUUCAUAGGAUUAGCCACCCUUGGGCUUAUAGUUCAUCGUUGCCGUCAUCCUGAGAUACUGAGCCCAUUCAAGGUUCCUCUCUUCAUACCAGUUUCCUUUACUAUCAUCUGCCUUUUCACAGUGGGAAUGUCCUUCUAUUCUGACCCAGUCAGCAUCAGCAUUGGAUGUGCAAUGGUUUUAAGUGGAUUUCCAGUAUAUUACUUGCUCAACAAUAGAUCAAUGCCAAAUGGGUGCCGAACCACAUUUCAUUAUCUUACACUGCAGCUUCAAAUUCUCUUGAAGGUGGUGCAACAAGAGAUCAGGACCUACUAAGGAGCACAACAAGGAGAUCAGACAAAAACAAUCUGUACCAUAUACUUUGAAACUUCAGUUUUGUAAAGCUUUUCUCCGUUAGCUUACAUUUAAUGUCUCACUUUACUGCAUGGGACCUACUGAUUCCAGAUUGUUCAGUGCCUUUAACAUUAAAUACAAAAUUUCCCAAGAGGUCAAAGGGACAAAGAUGCUUGAGUGUUCAGCCACACCUUGAAUUGAUUUCAUGAGGCUACAAUACAUGCUGAUUGUGAUACAAUCUGCAUCUGCUAUGUGGAUGGACAUGAAUAGAUCCAGUGCUCCAAGCUUCAUACUGUUACAUUCGAAUCCAUAUCCAGCCCCUAAAUACUGGUUGUGUUGACUCAAUAAUUAUACAUAGAUUUUAAUGAUAUUGUACAGAAAUUGAAAAAAAAGUUGCUUUGUAUGAUGAUGGUAAGAGAUGAGGAUGGUUGGAUUAACAAAGUAUAUCAGAUAUUUCAGAAGUGCUAUUGGCCACAGACUGCUAAAAAGAUAAAUAAAAGGAUCCUAGAGCAAGUCAAGCUUUGAACUCUUCCUAGAAGCCAAGAAGACAUAUCAUGAGAAGUCAUGACUCACUAGAAAUUCAUAAGGCAGAAGGUAGUUUGUAGGAUGUCUGUUGGAAGCUAAGCAACUGAGGUUUAUAUAUCUGUGGAAUGUCUAAGAUGGGAGAAAAACUCUUGUCUGAAUGAAGCAAGUAUGAAUGUUGAAAUUGGCCAACUUGAUUAGCAUUUAAUGGCCUUGCAGAUUCAAAGCCUAUAUAUCUGUGGACAAAGCCUAUAUAUCUGUGGGCAUAGCUGUUCAGCAGUGGAACUCUCUGCCCUGGAGUGUGGUGGAGGCUCCUUUGGAAGCUUUUAAACAGAGGCUGGAUGGCCAUCUGCCGGGGGUGCUUUGAAUGCGAUUUCGCUGCAUCUUGGCAGGAUGGCCCACAAGGUCUCUUCCAACUCCAUGAUUCUAUGAUUGAUUCCACAGAAAUAUAAAUCCCAUUUGACUAGUUUCCAACAGACAUCAACCUCUGAGGAUGCCUGCCAUAGAUGUGGGUGAAAUGUGAGGAGACAAUGCUUUUGGAACAUGGUCAGACAGCCCGGAAAACUCACAGCAACCCAAUACUUCUUUAUGGUUUCCCCCCUCUCAGAUGUGAUUCACGUGCUUCUUUCAAUUAGCAUGAUGUUAAUAUCUUACCUAUAAUUAUAUCUGAGCAAUACAAUAGUUAUUGAGAUAAAGCACAUUGUAUAAAAUGGGAGAUAAGAAUCAGGAACACAAUAUGCAAAAUGUUAUAUGUAUAUUUAUAGGGGUCAAAUACCCUCCUGAAUAGAAAAGAAGCCUUAUUAUAGUAAAGCUAGAUCAGAUAAUCUUCUAGACUUGGCAAAUGUGUUGAUCUAUUGCAGAAUUAGCUGCUAUAGUUCUCAAGAUUUUUUAAAAAAUAAAUAUUCAAAUGAC